CAUGGUCAUAUUCGUUGUGCUGAAAUGAAUACUGGAGAAUAUUGAUAUAGCCUAACUGAAACAUAGACAUUUUAUUUUGAUAACAAUUUAUUUUGAUUAAUAAUUUUGUAUUAGCAUGUUAUAGUCUAUGUGCAAAGAGGGAUCAUGUGAUUAGGUCUACUUGUGGUCUACACGUACAACUACAACUUUUAGAUUUUUUGGUAGUAGCCUAUUUGUUUCAUAUGUAUUUUGAAGAUGGAGGAGCCGGUCAAGAAAAUGCGUUUGAGAGAGUGGCUGAUAGCGCAGAUAGACAGCGGAAAGUUUGCAGGACUCACCUGGGAGAACGAAGACAAAACUAUGUUCAGGAUCCCAUGGAAACACGCGGCAAAACAGGACUAUAGUCUGAACGAAGAUGCAGCACUAUUCAAGGCUUGGGCAGUGUAUAAGGGGAAGUAUCGGGAGGGGAGGGACAAGGCAGAUCCCACCACCUGGAAGACUCGUCUCCGCUGUGCCUUCAACAAGAGCACAGACUUCAAAGAAGUCCCAGAGUGCAGCCAGUUAGAUGUAUCCGAGCCCUACAAGGUCUACCACAUCCAGGCAGAGCCAGAGACAGGCAGAGACUCAGAAUCUCCUCAGCCUGAGAGUCAGGUGAUCAUGAAGACCAGCCACUCCAGUGUUCCACUGAGGAACAUUGUCACACACCAUCCACAGUUUGGCUGCAAUAGUGAAUCAGAGGCCAGGGAUGGAAGAGUCAACUACAGAGAGGGCUUGGCAGGGGACCAUGUGUACUACUGGUCCAACACAGGGACUCCUCAGAGGGACGGCUCUGCUCCUCUCUCCAUAGUCGUCCCUAUACCACAGAUCUCUGACUUGCGUGUGCGGGUGUGUCUGUUCUACCAGGGCCAGCUAGUAGUGGAUGUGACCACCAGCACCCCAGACGGCUGUUUCCUCCUGCAGGGUCAGGUGCCCCUGGGGAACGAGAGGAUCUAUGGACCAUGCACAGCCCAACAGGUCCCCUUCCCCCCUCCAGGGGUCAUCCCUCUGCCCCCGGGCAUCGCUGAGGCCAUGGGCCGCCUGCUGCCCCACCUGGAGAGGGGCGUCCUGGUGUGGGUUGCUCCAGACGGGGUGUUUAUCAAGAGGUUCUGCCAGGGCAGGGUGUACUGGAGUGGCCCUCUGGCCCAACACACAGACAGGCCCAACAAACUGGACAGGGAGAGGACCUGUAAGCUGCUGGACACACCUAUAUUUCUGAAGGAGCUCCAGGACUAUAUCCAGGGGGCGGGACCCAAACCUCGCUAUGAGAUUGACCUCUGCUUUGGGGAGGAGUUUCCUGACGCCAGCCAACUGAAAACCAGGAAACUGAUCAUUGCACAGGUGGUGCCCCUGUUUGCUGUCAACCUACUGCAUAGGUGUCUGAGGAUGGGGACAGAGGGGAGACCACGCCUUCACACACACAACACCAUGGGGGAAGAGGGAGAGGGUCAGCCACACCCCCUGCCCCAGCGGUAAGGAGCCCAGGACACCCCUCUGAGUAACCCCUGGGGAACAUCACCAGUCCCCCCUGGUGGCCCCUCCUGUCCCAGCUUAGCCAGCCAGGAUGAGGGGUGAGUGGAGACUCAAGACACUGUCAGUGUAGGCUUAGUGUAUGCCCUGUGGAAAGCAACAUAUACCUCAACCUUAAGAGCGCAGAGAACAAUAUGAUACGACACAGAUAGGAGCAAGUAUGCUUGGAACAGAUAUUUCUCACAUAGUUUUCUUAAAGCGAUAAUCUGCAGUUGCUACAUCCAUAAAAAAAACUAGAAAAAAGUAGGAUAUGUACCCAAUGAUUUUUGAAGAAUAUAACUUAUA